CCUCUUGCAUUGCUAGAAGUUACGCCGGACCCGGACCGCCCGCACGUGUGUUAAGCUUGCACUUUAAUUGAAUAUUAAUUCCUAACAUCAUCCAGUUUGCAUUUAAAAAUCUUUAAUAUGGCCGCCGCUAUCAAGAAAAUCAUCCCAAUGCUGGAUCGCAUCCUAAUUCAACGUGCUGAAGCUUUGACCAAGACGAAAGGCGGCAUUGUUCUGCCAGAGAAGUCGGUGGGCAAAGUUCUCGAAGGUACAGUGGUGGCUGUUGGACCCGGUACCCGCAAUGUUACAACUGGCAACCACAUUCCCAUUGGCGUAAAGGAGGGCGAUCGUGUCUUGUUGCCCGAAUUCGGUGGCACCAAAGUCAAUCUAGAGGGUGAUGAUAAGAAGGAGUUCUUGCUUUUCCGUGAAUCUGACAUUCUUGCCAAAUUGGAAUAGAGUGUCGGAGAAAAAGAGAGCGGAGGAGAGGGCAGAUGCUGGCACAUGUCUCAUAAUUCUAUGAAUUCUAUGUUUUUCUAAUAGUUAUCCAAAAAAAAAAGAAACAAAAAUGAAUAAAAAUCCCCGGUUGCAAUAUUUUUGUUUGCAUAAAUGGAAAUAAAAGCUCGAGUUACUUGUUAAAAAUAAACAAAAACAGGAA